AUGAAUCCUUCUUCAAGAUGUCCGAACUUACUCGCGUCUGGAUCCGCCUAUGCAAAGUCAUUUCUUAAUCAAGUACCUUCACGAUCCUUCUCAUUGACCCCGCCACAAAAUGCACGAAGAGCUACCAGAGCAAGGCGAUCUCUCUUCAGGUGGCUUGGCACACAAGGAGAGAACUUCAGAAACCCAUUAGACAACUCGACGAAUUACAUGGGUGCCUACAAUGCCGAUGGCAAAUUAAAAAGAGUCGUGGAAGCUGCGGCGGAUGCGCGGAAAGAUGGUGCUCCAAAGCCCGACAGUCAAAAUGAGCCUGAUGCAAAUGGCAACAAGGAAUUGCCGCCACAAACUGCGAGAGAUAUGAUACCAUUCCCGGGCAAUCGAAAGUUUAUAAGUCAAUCGGUGUUGAGCGAAGAACUGCGAGAGCUCAUUUGGACAAAAAUUAUGCAGGACGCUAAGUCGGUGAGAGAAGUGAGUGCCGAACUUGGAGUUGAAAUGAGCCGCGUGGGAGCAGUGGUACGUUUGAAGGAGAUAGAGAAAGAAUGGGAACGAGCGGGAAAACCUCUUGCGAGACCAUAUGCCGACGCAGUCAUGUCGAUGGUCCCUGUGACGCAACUCAACACAGGAACCAGUAGAACCACACACGAAUCGAUCAAUGACUUACCUAUUCACGUAGCAACGGGACAACAAAUUUUCCACCCCACUUCAGAAUCAAGACAUUUUACCCGAGAGGAUGCUGCGAAGAUUUUCGACGAGAAACUUCUUCCCGCAGACAAAAGAAUACCACACCCCGAAUUGAUUGAGAUGCAUAAAGAUUUCAAAGCUGGAUUGUCUCGAGAGGAACGAACUGCGCGACAAGAUGCGCGAGAUGAGGCAGAAGAACAAGCCAGGCAACGUAUAGCUGAUCGCAAAGCAGCGGAAGAAGCCAAGAUAAUGAAAGUCCAUACACCUAGAUGGGAGUUUAGAAUCAAGGAAAUCAAUGUUGACGACAUUGGCAAAGACGGUAGAGGAGCACGUGGAACAGGUUGGAGGUAUGGAAGACCUUUGAUGGAUAGAAAGAGGGGACAAGUAAAGAUUCCCACGAGUGUCCAAUAGGUGAUGAUUAAAAAAGUUGUUAUAAAUGUAUAUCCAUGGAGUUUUGAGGUUGGGAAGGGGUAUCAUGACAUUAGCGACUAUACUGAGCGCAUUCUUGUACAUUUAUCUUGUACGAUACCAGACUAUCGGGAGAUCAGAAGGAUUGACGGAUUUGCAUAUUCUUUCAGAUGUAUUAAAUACUAUUGCGUCUAAAGCACCAGUUGAAGUACUCGCCUUGACGCGACUCCUCCGAAGAUGCCACUUUCUAUUGAUGUGAUGGCAAUUAUUGGUAGAUACGGAUGCGGAGUGAACAAGGUACAGCACUGAUAUGUAUCCUAUUCACUUGUAUUCACAGUUCGUUGAAUGAUAAGUGUCAGCGUGGCAGAAUUGAAUAAAUGCGAGAUCCAUGAGGGAUAUAUAUUUAUACAGUACCUAGAUAUUGCUUGCUUUGUUAGAACGAAGUCUACAUAUUUUUUUCUUGGAUCUUUCGAAAAUUCUCGCUUAGUAACCCUAAUGACGCUUAGUGCGAUUUUGAGUUGCCAUUUUGCGUCGCG